AUGAUGAAUACUCAUCGUACCUUCUACCUGGUUCCGGCCGAUGUCGUCGCACAACCGACUAUUGCCAUUCCACGUCCAUUGGCACCAUCGCCAAGAGUCAUCUCUACUGUGCCUGUUAUGCAGAAGUCUCCAGGCAGUUUGAAACGACCAUUAAGUGUCGAUCUGAAAAGGCCACUCAGUGCUGAUCCUAUUGAAAUUCUGCUCGGAGAGAAUACCCAACCUCAUCAACGUAAGCGUGAAUGUCUGGAUCAUUUAACACAUGAGCAGAAGAUGAACAGAAGAAAGAUGAAGAAUAGGAUCGCAGCACAAACAGCAAGAGACAGGAAAAAGUAUCGAAGCCAGCGUUUGGAGGACGUUAUUCGUGAACUCCUGGAGCAGAAUGAGAUUCUAAAGCAAGAAAACGAGCUGCUGGUUGCUGAGAAUCGCGAACUAACUGAACAGAAUCGAAGUUUGAUGGCUCGCUUAGAAGGCACUUCUGAUGACGUUGCCUGCCAAAUUGAAGACGUUCAACCAGUUGUGUUAGAAGAGAUUCCAUGCGAGAUGAUUACUGAGAAGAGUGGGACGGCUGUUGAAUCUGCCGCAUUCAUUAGUGGACUCCUGCCGAGAGUACAGGUUGUCCCACUCUAUCUCCUGUUUCAUCUUAUGGUCAGCCUUCUGUGGGUGAACCUCGAAUUCGAUCUCGACCAGCUCGUCCAGCAACUGCCAGAGGAGGAGCAGCUCAAUGUGCAGCCAACAGCUUGCACUGAACUGUGCCAGCCAGCUAGCUCGUCUUCCGGGGCUGCAUCACCAGUGGAUGAGAGUGUCUUGAACGUACCACGAUGCAGUCCUCCAUCUGCGUGCUAUCCCAGCCCUUCCAACUUCUCAGGCCAAUUGGACGAGCUAUCGCUGUUUGAAGAUCAGAAGUUGCUGGACGAUCCGAUGUUGUCAUCGCCAUCCAAUUGGCCAUAUGACACUCCCCAUGCUUUGAGUCCCUUCUCGGAUUCAUUUCAACGUGAAUUCUUUCAAAUGUUGGAAUAA